GCAAACCUUUAUAACUAGACCCGAUCUGCAGGGGUGUACCUAGGUGUAUCAUGUAUGCCGCUCUUCUGCUUUUAAAUCAGACAUCUUUGGGACGUUCGUCGAUUGCUAGUCGUUCAAGCGUGUUGCCGUCAGAUUCUCAUUAGGGUGUCACUUGUCCACUAUUCUUCAGGGCCGGUCGCAGGCACCAAAGCAGCCAUUGCUCGUCAACCGUAGAAUACCGUCAUCGACAGCGAGCUCAACACAGCCAACCUCAAAAGUAGUUUCUCAAGACAUAGAAGUAAUGGCUGACGCACCACGAGGACGCGGUGGAUUUGGACGUGGACGUGGAGAUCGCGGCAGAGGACGCCGUGGACCUCGCCGCGGUGGCCGCAAGGAUGAAGAUAAAGAAUGGGUUCCCGUCACCAAACUUGGACGUCUUGUCAAGGACGGCAAGAUCAAGUCUAUGGAAGAAAUAUAUCUCUUCUCCCUUCCUGUGAAGGAAUUCCAGAUCGUAGACUUUUUCUUGCCCAAACUCAAAGACGAAGUCAUGAAGAUCAUGCCUGUACAAAAGCAGACCCGCGCCGGUCAACGCACUCGUUUCAAAGCGUUCGUCGCAAUUGGCGACUUCGAUGGUCAUGUAGGCUUGGGAGUCAAGUGUGCCAAGGAAGUCGCCACGGCCAUCCGUGGAGCUAUCAUCCUCGCCAAGCUCUCUGUGAUUCCCGUUCGACGAGGUUACUGGGGUGCUGCUCUCGGUGCGCCACACACGGUGCCAUCAAAAGUUAGUGGCAAAGUUGGCUCGGUCAUGUGCCGACUGAUCCCCGCACCACGUGGGACGGGUCUCGUUGCUGCGCCCGCUUCCAAGCGCCUUCUGCAGCUGGCUGGUGUUGAGGAUUGCUACACCCAGUCAAAGGGUUCGACUGCUACAAUGGGUAACUUCUUAAAGGCAACCUUCGUCGCACUCACAAAAACAUAUUCAUUCCUCACCCCCGACCUAUGGCGAGAAAUACCUCUGUCGAAGGUUCCUUACGAUGAGUAUAGUGCACAUUUGCAACUCACUGCAUCAGCCAAGAAGGCGUACUAGGUAUAACGUUGUAACAGUUUUUGCCGUAUUUCCUGAACACGCUAUUCUUUGAUUUCCCUUUCCCUUCGUAUUCAUCCGUGUUUC